AGCAGGUGGUGGAUCAGAGAAAUCAUGUGGUGUGAGGUUUGGGAUCAGGUGUGAAGGAAACCCCUUUGGAGGAAUGCUGCUCUGGCUAUUAGGACACACACUGACACACACACACAGGCAUACAUUCAGGCAGGUUGAACAGGGGCACAAGAGGAUAGCAUUUCCCAUCCGGAAUGAUAGGAGGGAGGAGGUGUCCCGGGAGUUUGAGCCGUUCUGAGUCUGGUUUGGUGAGUUUCAGGGGCAGGUAAUGUGUACACCGUACACACAGCAGCAGAGGCAGAAGGCAAACGGAAGGAACGAUAGGAUAAGAUUUCUCACGAAAGGGAAGGAGAGGGAAGAGAGAACUGAACACUUCAAAGAGUUUUAUUGAAGAUCCAGAAGCGUUAAGGUUGAGUUUAGCAUCACAUGCAGCCCUGACUGGAGCGCUGCAUCAGCUAUGGUUUGCUGUAAAGGAAGAUAGAUUCUGGUGUCCCAUAGGAUCAAGAAGAAGACAGGAGACUCCUUGACAGCCAGCACGAGGUGAGAGACAAACCUGACGGGCAGCGCAGAGGAGGAGGCUAAGAGAAGGAGAAAAUGAGAAAGUGACAACUUGAUUCGUUGCUUUUUGAGUGGUGGAAGAAGAAUCAACAGCAAUACAGGCCCAAAAUCUGAUUGGAUGGUUUUGUCAGAAUGACAGCGGAAGAUCCCAUUUCCUCAUCAAACAUGAGCAACAACUCUGCCCCGUCCAAACCCUCCAAACCUUCUGGUGCCUCCCACCAUUCAAUCCAAGGACAGGUCGAUCUCCCAGAGGGAGUUGCAGGAGCUCCCAACGAGGCUGCACUGUUGUCUUUGAUGGAACGCACUGGCUACAGUAUGGUCCAAGAAAACGGUCAGCGUAAAUAUGGGCCCCCUCCAGGUUGGAGUGGUCCAGCUCCUCCUCGAGGAUGUGAAAUCUUUGUUGGCAAGAUCCCACGAGAUGUAUAUGAAGACGAACUGGUUCCGGUGUUUGAGUCCGUAGGCCGCAUCUAUGAGAUGCGUUUGAUGAUGGACUUUGAUGGGAAAAACCGAGGUUAUGCAUUUGUUAUGUACACAGAAAAACACGAGGCCAAGAGGGCAGUGCGGGAGCUCAAUAACUUCGAGGUACGGCCUGGCCGACUGCUGGGGGUCUGCUCCUCGGUGGACAACUGCCGCCUUUUCAUAGGUGGGAUUCCCAAAACCAAGAAACGUGAGGAGAUCCUGGAGGAAGUCUCCAAAGUGACAGAAGGUGUUUUAGAUGUGAUUGUCUAUGCCAGUGCUGCCGACAAGAUGAAGAACCGUGGCUUUGCCUUUGUAGAGUACGAGUCACAUCGAGCAGCCGCCAUGGCUCGAAGGAAGUUAAUGCCAGGACGAAUUCAGCUGUGGGGUCACCAGAUUGCAGUGGACUGGGCUGAGCCAGAGAUUGAUGUAGAUGAAGAUGUGAUGGAGACAGUUAAGAUACUCUAUGUUAGGAAUCUAAUGAUGGAGACCAGUGAGGAGACAAUCAGAAAGAUUUUCAGCCAGUGGAACCCCGGAUGCGUGGAGCGUGUAAAGAAAAUCCGUGACUAUGCUUUUGUCCACUUUACAUCCCGAGAUGAUGCUGUGCUGGCCAUGGACCACCUCAAUGGCACAGAGAUCGAAGGGUCCUGGAUUGAAGUGACGCUUGCCAAGCCAGUAGAUAAAGAGCAGUACUCACGUCAGAAAGCCUCUAAAGGAAGCACUUCUGCAACCCCAGAGGCUACCCAGCAGAACUACAUCUACCAGUGUGACCCAUACACAUUGGCUUACUAUGGUUACCCCUACAGCACACUUAUUGGACCCAACAGGGAAUACUUUGUGAAAGGAUCCCCAAUGAUACAGAACAAUGCAGGUACCGUGCGAGGGCGUGGUCGUGCUGCAGCAGGUAAUCGUACCCCUGGACCUCGAGGGUCUUACCUAGGGGGUUAUUCUGCCGGUCGUGGCAUCUACAGUCGCUACCAUGAGGGCAAGACCAAGCAGUCCGAAAAGCCCUAUGAACUGAUGCCCAGUCUGGAGCUUGCUGCCUCCGUCAACCCAGUUGGCAUCAAACCAGGCACAAUGGCAUUGCCGGGUCUGGGUGCACAGUACCCAAUGUUCAGCGCUGCUCCUACAGGCAAAGUGAUAGAGGAGGGGAAAUUGCACACAGUAGAGCAUCUUAUGACCAUGCAGCACCCUGAACACAGUGCUGCCACUGCUGCUGCUGCCACUGUCCUGCCUGCGGUGUCCACUCCUCCACCCUUCCAGGGUCGUCCAAUCACUCCUGUCUAUGCCAUGGCCCACAACGUCCAGCGCAUCCCAGCGGCCACCACCCUGUAUGGAGCUGGGUAUGUUCCCAUAGCUAACUACGCUGCUAACACAGCUGCUCUGGCUGCCCUGCAGAAAAAUGCCGCCAUGGCAGCCACAGCAUAUGGAGGUUAUGCCAGCUACGCUGUGCCCCAAGCCUUCCCCGCCGCGGCCUUUUCACUGCCCAUCCAUGACAUCUACCAGUCAUACUAAUGUGGAGGCUCAGACCGAGUGAUCUGGUGACUGAAUCUCAACAGCAUCUGUCCACGAUACAAAAACAUCUCCUGAACUUGAGCUCCGAUGGAAUUUGUAGCAAAUACUAAGACUGCAGAUGGGGACGAAAUGACGGCCUGGUAUCUUCUAUUAGUCCCUGUCAUCCUCUGUAUAUCCUGGGGCUAGAAAGGGGACUAGCUAUGUUAGACAGCAUCACUGUUUUUUUCUGAGUUUUGUAGCAAACUUCCCCAGCUUCCCCUGCAACAGUAACCACAACUCCAGAAACAUUCAGAUUGUAUCUCUUUCAUCACACCACCUUGUUACUGUUGCAGCAGGAACUUUUACGGUACUUUUUAAAGUAUUUAUGAAGCAAAGAUGCAUCAUUAAUGCUUUAUUAAUUUGGUAUUUUUUCUCUGGAACAGAUCUUUACACUCUCUAAUAUGUAAAAACAAAGAAAGAGAAGUAAAUAGAAGAAGGAAAAGGUAACCAGGAACUACUGAUAAGAGGAUACCACUGUCUUUGGAUAUCUACAUUUUUGUAGUCUUUUUUUCAUUAAUAUAUCGUAUUCUAGCCAGUUUUACAUACUGUAGGUGAUGCUGUCCGUCCACGCUGGUUGAAUGUGUAUUGCUUUCCAUGUGCCCACUUGGUACUUUUUGGUGUAGUUGGUUUGAUGCUGUUUUAAAUGAAGAUUUUAGGUCUUUUUUUUAGUUCUCCGAUUCUUUUGUCCCUGGUUAUGACAUUCUGAAACACGUGUCCUAAUGUUGAUUCACUAUAAAACUGCUGGGUUAAAAACAGGCUUAUUUAGGGGUAUACUGCUAACCAAAAUGUUGAUCAGAUAUACACCAGUCCAGGUUUGAACAUAUAAUAUUUGGGUUAAACUUAAGGAUUUUUAGCUUUAGCUUAGUUUUAAUCACCAAUUCUUUGGAUGAAACAUUAAAAUUAGCACGAGCGUGGUCUGGCUACUUAGCUGAUAGAAGGCUAAUGCUAAUAAACUUGUUCUAUAACGCUAACAAUAGUCAUUAACACAACCCACUGACAUGAACAUUGUAAUACAGCUUAAAUUUACCGUCUUAUCCUUUCUAUUUCAACACUUGGAAGAGGUUCAGUGAAGUCUGAUCAGGUGGUUUCGUUCAAAACAACACUCUCUAAGCCAACAAACUGGGUCAGAACCUUUGUCCAAGUGUUUGAAUGAAGCUACUCAACCACUGUCCCAACAGCAAAAACCCAACAUUUGGAGUAGAAAAAAUAACCCUGCAGUUUUUUGUGUGUGUACCUUUUAGUGAUGGGAAUCCGAAAUGCAUGAAAAAGAAGAGAAAACUGGAAUUGUGUGCCUUCAGAUGUUCCCCAUCAUUAGAAACUGUAUUAAUAGGGGACUAAGACUGAAUAGACAUUUGUUUUUCUUCAUUUUAGUAUAUUUUAUUAUUGGUUUUUUAAUCCUUGAGUCUUGAAAGGUGAACAAAUAUGUUUUUUUUUAAUAACUGGGUGUCUUCAUUGCUUGUUCCAUUCCCAUUUUUGUCAACCAAAUACUUAAUACACUCCAGUCUGAUGACUUCAGAGAGACUCUUUGCACUUGACUACAGUGCCUUACAUCUCCGUACAGUUCGCGCCUUUAGUAACAAAACAGUAACAAUGACUCUGCAGUAACACUUCUGUCUCCCUCUUUAUUUCUCAUCCUCCAAAACGUGCUAGACCAAGGUGCACUUAAACAUGUUUAUAACUGGCAUGGAAUAGCCACCUUGAAAUGAAGAGGUAUUAAACAGAGCUAGAACUCAUGAGUGGAUAUGACUAGUUUGGUUGUCUGUUUUCCAGUGUUUUAAGUAAUGUGUGAGUUUUACUUUGCCGACAAAAAAAGAAGCCUUUAAAAUAUGUUUUUGGGCACUUGUGAAACUUCAAACUUUGUUUGCAAGAAGUGCAAAACUGGAGUAAUACCUCACUCUUGAAUAUGCAAGUAGGCAUGCUAUGUGCUGGUUGUAGUGAAAGCUCUAAACUAUUUAAAAUAGCUGCUAAUCAGGAAGUCACUCGCAUUAACAUUCACAUGGACAGCGGAGAAAAUAAAUACUGACGCUGCAUGAAAUUGGUGGAUACAACCCUGGUGAUCCACACAUACAAAAGACUACAAAUUCAGUCUAUAAACAAAAUGUAAUGUCUCAGGGAAUAAGUAUUGAACAUGUUUAAUAAAAUGUAUUAGUUCCUCAAUAGAUACGUCUUUUAUUCUUACUAAUUACUACUUCUCGAUGUUGUCUUGGCAUGCUGUCUUUCAAAUCCUAAGGUUUCUGAGGGCCUUUUCUAUGCCAUCUGAUGUUCCAUUCUUUUUUAUAGAUAUUCCACCGGAUUAAAAUCUAGUGAUCAACCUCGUCAGUCUGGAGGUUUUAUUCUCUUUCUCUGAAACCAACUGCAAGUGUCCUUGGCUGCUAGUUUUUGGGAUCAUUGUCUCUUUUUCAACUUCAGAUUCUUAUAAAGAAUUUUGCAGUAAAUUAGUGUAAUUAUUCUUCCUUUAAUGGUGUGAAAUCUCCCAUUAUUAUAUGCUAAAAACAGCCCCACAUCAAUGGUGCUCACUGGACCAUUCAGAUGUUUAGCAAUAUGUCUGUAACCAACGCAAUCCAUAUGUUUAGCAACAAUAAGGUUGCAGAGGUCUUGGAAAGCUCUUUGCUUUUACCCAUCAUGAGAUGCUUCUUGUUUGAUACCCUUGUAUUGAGAAACGAUUUUAUAGAACAACAAUUAGAACUUAACCACCCAUACUAAUUUGCGCAAAUAAAGAGCAGGAUUGCUUUCCAUAUACUGACAGAUUGCUGCUGUUUUCUUGGCUUUCUACACCAUUUUUCACUUCAUUUUAUUUAUACGUUCAAUAUUAAUUCCCUAGGGAGUUUGAUAUUUUUGUAUGCAUGGAGCACUUCACUGUAAAUUUGUGUCAACAUGGCGUUAAAAUUAUUUUGAUGUAUUGAAUAAUUAUUUUCUCCGCUGUAUGUAAACUUGUUUAUUUUUCAAUCUAGGCUUAUAGUUUCGGUCUAGUUAUAAUUCCCCCUUUUUUUGUUUUGCCAUCUUUCUAUUUGGAAUACUACUAAAUUCCUCACAUUUUUGAUGACCACGCACAAAUCUGAAAUUGUGGAUUUCAUGAGCGUUGAUGAAAUAAGUUAUUUGCUCCAAGAGUUUAAGUGAAAAGGAUCCAUGCUGUUUGGAGCUUUUAAUCUCACUCCAUGUUGUCCCUUAUCGCUCCGAUUAAACUGGGCUUUACAUAGAGAACUAACUGCUGUUAACUGCUUUUAUGAUGAAGACGGUCUGGAUAAAUAUUUAAUAUAUGCAUUACAUUUGUUAUGUAUGAAGUGAAAAGAAAAGGUAUAAUAUAUUCCGAAAACAUAUUUCUUGACGUAUUUACAACUUGAGUAUGGAUAAAAGUCAGAGUAACAAAAGUAGAAAAAACAUUUUUUUUCUUUUUCUGUCUUUGUAUUACCUUUUUGCCAAAGUGAGCUGUAGUUUUUAGCUUUUAACAUUUGGUGUAAUAUUUUAAUCUGUAACCUAAUGUACUUGGUGUUAUGAGUGGGAACACAAAGAACCUUCAAGUUCUGCUACAUUUUAGCAGUUUCAGCAAGCAUUAAAAGCUGGCUCACUGACGUUUUACAGCCUUGGCACCUUGAGCUGGUCGGGUUGCAACUCUAUGUGUCAGUUUUGUCCAGAGAGUCCAACAAUAAUUUAGAUGCCUUUACUGUUAAUGAAAAGGCAAAAAAAAAAAAAACAACAUGUGUCAGCAGAGUGCAGCCUAGCUUAACAUACGUGUAACCUUUUAGCUCCUCCUAGAGUGCCUUAUUGCCAAGAUGUUUUUGCUAAAGCUUUGUAGACUCAUGCAGACUUUUUUCUAUCUAGAGGUUUGUUAAAAAGAAAAAAAGCCUUAUUCUGCAUUGUUAUAUUUAUAGUGACAAACACAGCAAAUAAAAUGCUUUUCAAAAGA